UCUGUUUGUCUUUCUGCUAAAGAUGGCGCCAGUGCAUUUCUGAGGCGAUUGCGCUUUUUAGCGCUUAGGAAAUUUGACGUGAGUAAGAUGAAAGGUUAAUAAAGCCUUCAUACUCUUCAUCGAAACAUAAAAAUACACCCAAAUAGAUUAGUUUAAGACUGUACCGUCUAUGUUUUAUUUCUUUCGCGGCCUACCUCCCUCUGUAGACCGUAAGGAAAUAUGUCGCACGGUUAAAAGACUCCGUUUCCCAGAAGCCAUUGCGAUGGGGUUUCGCUAACUUUGAUGUGGUAGAUGUAGUUCUUCAGGUGUUUAUUUUUCUGUUAGCUGGAAUGUGCCAAUCAUAGUAAAAGCAAAUUGUAUUAGAAUUUUUUUUUGCUGUGUGUUUUACAAAAUUAAGAUUAACAUAAAAAUAUUUGUAUUCUUUAUUUGUUUUAUUAUUAAUUGAGAAAUAAAAUGGUUGGUGUUGAAACUAAAUCGUAAUCUCAUUUCAUUGCUGAAAUUUUUAUUUGCGUUUUAAAGAUAUAGAAGGUACGUUAAUUACGUUUCAGGGGAGGGGGGGUGGCAGGACGGGGAUCUGGACUCAAGAUUUAUCAUGUCUUCACCUCUAGAAGAAGGAAUUAAAAAAAAUGCAAAAGUUUCAGCCAAUACCCGGGAGGGGUCAUCUGCUUUUCCAGAAUCCUCCCUUACCUGGUGUUUAACUCAGCUGUCCAAAACAAGUACAUUGGUGGAUGCUCACAGUUGUGGACUGGCAGGAACUGUCAAUGAGCCCAUCACUGGAGGAGAGAAAGCCAGAGAUGCAGACAAGAGACUCCGAGCUGGUCAAUGGAGGGCGCUAGUGGCCAUUCGAACCCAUCACAUCAAGGGAGAUGGCAGUAGGAUAGCCCGGUACCAAGCACGGGGAGGACUGCCUCCUUUGCUGGAUCUCCUAAGACAACCAGAAAGCUCCAGAAAGGUUUUGGACCUGGCACUUAUCAUCCUGGCCAAUUGCUGCACUCAAAAAGGGACAAGGCAAGAAGUAAGAAAGCUUGAUGGUGUGUCUGUUGUUGUUGAUGUCCUCAAGAGGAAUGUAUCGGUGGAGACAGUGCAAAAUCGAGCUGUACGAGCUCUGGGAAAUCUCGCCAUGGACCCAGAGGGUUCUGCUGAAGUCCACUCUGCUGGUGGUGUUCCACUUCUCCUCCUUUGCCUGUCUUUCUCUCCACCCCCAUCCUCUCCCUCUUCCCUGACUCGAACACCUGAACUCUGCACUCUGAAGCUGGAAUGUGCCCAGUCUGCUGCCCGGGCUCUAGUCUACCUUUCAGACACGCCUACCAACCGACACCUUCUGAUUUCACAGGGGAGUCUACCAGCUCUCGCUUUGUUCAUUGCUCCAGAGUACCCUUUAGGUCUGAGACGGGCAUCUUUGCGGGCCCUUCAUGAGCUUACCAGAGGUUGCAGUGCUGAGUGUGCCAGGGAAGUGUCCAAGUCUGGGGUGUUGACUCAUUUGGGGGCCUUUGCCUCAGGAGAAGGUGACCUGUCUCUGGUGGAGUUGGCUUUGAAAACUCUGGCUAACUUGUGCACUCAAGGCUGCCUGAGACCACUGGUUGGUUCAUUGGGUGUCAUUCAGAAGUUUGCAGAGGAGGUGAAGAAGGAUCCUCUGAAGUCGGGUGUGUUUUUCAAGGCCUUGUGCCUGUGCUGCAGAGAAGCUGUGAACAGGGCAAAAGUAAAAGAGAGCGGGGGAUUAGAGGUGCUGAUUGGCUUUUUAUCUGCCCAUCAAAACCAUACACUCACACGAUUCGCCAUUCUAGCUUGUGUUGACUUUGUCUAUGAUGAAUCAGCUCUUGAACAGCUGCAAGAGCUUGGGUUGGUGCCACUUCUUAUCAAGCGUUUAGUGGAGCUCGCUAAAGGAGAGGAACUGACCACAGGAAAGAUUGACGCCAGAAUAAUAUCUAGUUCUCCAUGCUCUGAACUGAUGACUUCAUGUUUUGACUCAUUUGACUUUACUCCUCUUGAAGGCAAGAAGGAGGAUAUGAGCAAAGAACAGACGUCGGGAUCCUCCAGCUUCCUCAGUCUCCGGUCUUGGCUGGUAUCAGAGGGUCUAAUCUCUUCUGAGGGGGAGCUGACUGAAUCCUCAAGUGGGACUGAUGUAGUCUGUGGCAGCCCACAAUCCUCUCUCUCACCCUCACUACUUACGCCUUGCUCUGAGCUCUCGCCAACCUUGCAUCAACCCCACUCUUCUCCAUCCACCCGCUCUAAACCUUGCCGUCUCUCUUCUUCUACUCCGUUAUCUGCUCAAGCUGCGCAACUGAAAAUCUUCCCAGAGUCACCUUCCUCUUCACAUCCCUCUUGCACCUCCACCCUUCAAUCUGAGAAACUGCCUUCAAUAACAAAACCUUCCAUUCCCCCCCUGUCUCCACUCCGAAUCUCCUCUCCGCCCAGAAAGAGACUGCGUGUAUCUUCAUCCACCUCCACACCUACUCGCUAUAGUGUGGUCACCUUGGACAACCCCUCUGUGAUGUCAAAAACCCCAACCUACCAUCACCCCUAUCACCCUGAGCCCUGGGCCCCAGAAUCCCCUAUUCUUCUGCUUCUGUCUCGUUUUUCCCAUGCCUCAGACCCUAGCACAUCACUCAUCAACACAAAUGUUUUCUCUGGGCUGUUGUACUACCUCACCCAGCACCAUGACCCCAGUGGGCGGUGCUUUCGGAUGCUAGGCAGGCUCAGCUGUAACCCAAACUGCCUGCAGGCUCUGGUUAGAACUGGAGCUGUGGCUCUAAUUAGACAGAGACUGUGUGUGAGUGGAGAAGAGAUCGGAAAUAAAAAAGGAAUAAAUGGAGGAACAGAGAGACAAUCAGAAAAAGUAAAAGCCAAAAUUGCACAACUAGGUCUGGGUCUGCUCAGUAAUUUGAGGGUUCAGAGUGAGUCUGGAUUUGGCUCUGGCGUUCUUACACAUAUCAUGCUGUCAGGCUCAGAAACUGACAAGCUGUACUGUGUCCUGUCUCUACCGCUGAUUAACAGCAACAGAGUUCUUUUGAAGAAGCUGCUGUUUGAUAGUGGAGGACUGGCGGCAGCUCUUGAACUAAUUGGGUGUCAAAGUGACAAUGACAACGAUAAUGAUGAAGAUGGACAGUUUGAUAAGUGUAGAACAUUUCUGGCUGGUUGGUUACAUCCUCUUGAACAAGUGUCCCCUUACAAUCUUAAUUUCCUGUACCUUUCACUUCUGAUUGGCUGCCUCUCCAGUCUUUUGGCAAAUUCCAAAGUGGACGGAAAGAAUUGUGGAAUAGAUUGUGGGACCAGAAUGGAGACAGCCUCAAACACCAUGAAAACAACCCAACCACAAAAGAAGCAAUCCAUAUGUCCAUACAAGGAGGCAACUUAUGAUCUAACUUUCCUCCUUGAUGAUGGAACCUUCCUUCUUGCCAAUCAAGAGGCUGUUGCUGGGGAAAAUGGAGAAAAAGAUGUCGGGUCUGAGUAUUUCAGAGCCCUACUGACGGGAGGAUUUGGUGAGGCACAAAGAGCUAAAGGUGAGGCCAUCCUUAUCAAGGAUGUAAACAGUGGGAUGCUGUUACCAGUGCUUCACUACCUGCAUGGAUGUCGUUUGGUUAAAGGAAAUGAGAAUGAAGACCAAAGGAAAGAGUCCAAGCAAGAGGCGAAUUGCCUUGUGUUGGCCUCCCUGGUCUCUGGUGGGUUGGGCAGACCACAGGACGAGAUGGACCCAUACUGCGCAGAAGAGAAGGAAUUUCUGAAAACCCCACUGGCCUAUGUGAUGAUUGGGGCUUGUAGGUUUUUAGUGCCUGGUUUACAAAGGGCAGCUGAGGACCUAUGUGUAGACCUUCUAUUCUCAGCAGUCUCAUCUGUCCUAAGGACUCUGGCCAAACCUUGCUGUUCAGAUGAUGCUACUAUGACAACAAGCAGAAUGGAUGUGGAUUUGGUCUGCAAGGAUCCCACACACUCAGGUCCUGAAGGAUCACCCCAAGUGUCUAAAAGUAAAAUUCUAGUAGCCCAAUUAACAGGACCAAACAUAAUGUCAAAGUGUUCCAAACAACAGUCCAAACUCCAGAACUCUCCAAAUUUUAAACAGGUUCCAGAAGUUGUUCCCGCCGCCGCCGCCACCUCUUCGGAAAAUGGCAGUGAGGGAGCUUGGCUGAGGUCUCUCCUACCACAAUUGUACUGGUUUUCACAACGCUACUCUUAUCUGCGACUGGGCCAAGCCUGCCUCGCUAUACUGCUGCGGCCUCAGGGGUUUCAGCCUUUUCCCCUUCACCCCUCCCUUUCUGUUGAGUGCUUCCUGCAUUUAGUGCAAGAGGCCGACUGCACUGAGGGGCUGAGACAGGACAUCUUAAACCUGGUCAAAACAGCCCUCAGCUAGAAAGCACAAACAUUAAUGGAUGGGGAAAUGAAAUGUGUAAUGAACGUAAGUAAGGUUUUGUGUAAUGAUAAGUUUAAGCUGCUGGAAUGUGCAAUCUAAAAAAGUGAAAGGAAAUUACUGGAGUCUAAUUGUGAUUGUAUUUUGGGAUGUGUGGGGCAAGAAAGAAUAGGUAGAAAAAUCCUUAUUACAUUUCAUUUAGCAAGUAACUUCAUUAUUUUUAAUUAUAUUGAAUAUUUUCAUUAAAUAUUUUAACCUUGUAAUCUCUAUUAUUUCAUGCUAAUAUUUCUUUUCAAGAAAUGAUUUCUUAUGUAAAAGCUUUCUUAUCGAUUUAUUAUGGGGGGUAUUUUAUAUUCAUCAAACAUUUCUUUCAUUUUAUUUAGUCAAAUAAAGGGAUUCAUGUUAAUGCUAUGGCACAUUCUUCUUGGAGCAUCCACACAUAGUAUGUUAUUUUGUACAGUAUAUUAUGUCAAAAUGAUUAUUUCAUGGAGUUUAUGUUGGUUAUAUUUUUGUUUUUGUAAAUGGUGUAAUACACUUAAAUUAUAGUAAUGUGGAUUAACUGAUGUAUGGCAUGUUGUUCUGUAUAUACAAUAAAUGUAACAUUUAACUGGUCAAAUUUUUGAGGAAAGCAGAGGAUGGUUCUCAAUAAAUGAGCUCCGCAUUAAUGAUGUCUAAGUUGCCUCUUAAAGAAUUUAAUUGGAUAGUUAGCUCAAAAUAACAAUGUUGCCAUAAUUUACUCAACCUCAUGUUACAAACGUCUUUCCUCUACAGAAACCAAAUAAAUGAUAAAAUAAUUUUAGAGUUUGGGUGAACUAUUCCUUGAAAUGUUAUGCUACAUUUGUUUUUCUUUAUUUGUAUUAUGUACUGUGUAUGUUUAUGGGGUUUAGG